GCAGCUUCCUUGCAGCAGACGUCCAUCCAGGCGGCCUGCUCCUGAAACCACAACCAACACGCAUGCAGGUACCACCCACCCAAACACACAACACACCCAGACACAGACACCGACCCCCCUCCCCCCUCACUCACUCGCAAAAAACACACGCAACACAGCCCUCACCGAAACCCCUUUGGCCCCUACCCAGGCCCUGUGCUACUCUACUUACUCCCUUGGCCAGAUCCCGCGGUCAUAUGCACGCCCACGAGGGGUAGCCGAAGUCGACUUUCACCUGUAUAUCCUCCUGCGAAAGGUGGCGGUGACUGACGAAGGUUGGAUAGGUCGAUUGGGUUCGCCUAUGGGUGGGUUCCGAGGAGGAGGGAGGAUUGAAGGCAAGCGGGUGAGAGGCCUUUAUCAGACGUCUUCGUACUUCUCUGUCUGUCUGUCUGCCUGUCUGUCUGUCUGUCUGUCUGUCUGUCGUAGGCGUUUGGCUGGGACUGCAUGGAGGGCGUACUCUCACUCUUGCUCGGCAGGAGCUGCGUAUUCUUUCUCGGCAGCAGGAGAGCCGCAGCUCUUUGAUUGACCAGGAAAACCGAAGCUCUUUGGCUGCAGCCAAAGACGACGAAGGCGGGCUGCAGCGGGCUGCAGCGGCAGCUCUGUCUUUCUUCUCUGUAGCUGCUUCUUUGCCAUUGCCUACCUGUCUGCCGGACUGUCUUUCUAUGUCUGCACUGUCUUCGGCCGUUUUAGGCCUGAGGGAUUCGAUUGAAUAGCUUCUUGCUGUAGCUGGCGGCUGAUGCAUGGACGACCGCUGGUGCCUUGUUGACUUGUGUAUCUUUGCUCUUUUGCCAGCCGAGGCGCAUGGAUGGAUGACAGGAUACAUGGGAAGUCGUGGAAUCAACUUGCAGCGACUCCAAAUGUACGAUGAAUCUGUCCAAUGGAG